AGAGAUAUCAGAGACGAGGCUUAUUCAUCUUCUUCGUAAGAUCUGAGAGAGAGAUCAAUUGUUUCAGAUCAAUAUGGCUCUCUCUUUUCGUUCUCUCCUCUUCUCUCUCUGCGUUUUGAUACUGUGCUCUGUUUCCAUCGCGGAGAUACGGUCCACGGAGAUCCGAUCCGACGAACGCCCCAUAAUUCCCUUCGAUGAGUUUGGUUUCACUCACACUGGACGUAUCGAGCUCAAUGUCUCCCAGAUAUCCCUCUCGAACCCGAACCCAGAUCUCGAUCGCUCAAAGCUCGGGUUCUUUCUCUGCACCCGUGACUCAUGGCUCCACGUGCUCCAGCAGCUAGAGGACGGAGAGAUCGCCUGCGCUUUACAAUCUGACCUAAUCAAGAGUGUUUACACCUUUAAUUCCUUGAAGAAGGACCAAGUGACCUUUACCACGGUUUAUUCCAUGACCGAUGCCGACCAGUUCACGCUCGUGUUCGCAAAUUGCCUCACUGAAUUGAAGGUCUCGAUGGAUGUGAAAUCGGCCAUGUACAACCUUGAGGGCAAGAACGGCCGCCGGGAUUAUCUCUCAGCCGGCAAAACAGUACUACCUAGGGUUUACUUCUUGUUGUCUUUGGUUUAUUGUGGUCUUGCUGGGCUAUGGAUUUACGUUUUGUACAAGAAGCGGCUCACUGUUUUUAGGAUUCAUUUCUUUAUGCUAGCCGUGGUGUUGUUGAAGGCGCUGAAUCUCAUUUGCGAGGCUGAAGAUAAGUCGUAUAUUAAGCGGACUGGGAGCGCUCAUGGUUGGGAUGUGUUGUUUUACAUAUUCAGCUUUCUGAAGGGAACUACGUUGUUCACUCUUAUUGUGUUGAUCGGUACUGGAUGGUCGUUCUUGAAGCCGUACUUGCAGGACAAGGAAAAGAAGGUGUUGAUGAUUGUGAUUCCACUCCAGGUGGUGGCUAAUAUUGCGCAGGUCGUGAUUGACGAGACUGGGCCGUUUGGGCAGGACUGGAUUACAUGGAAGCAGGUGUUCUUGCUUGUAGAUGUGGUCUGUUGCUGUGCUGUUUUGUUCCCUAUUGUUUGGUCUAUCAAGAACCUCCGCGAGGCUGCCAGGACAGAUGGAAAAGCUGCCGUGAACUUGAUGAAGUUGACAUUGUUUAGGCAGUAUUACAUAGUGGUGAUUUGUUACAUUUACUUCACGAGGGUUGUUGUCUAUGCACUGGAGACUAUUACCUCUUAUAAGUACCUUUGGACUAGUGUGGUAGCUGGGGAAUUGGCUACCCUUGCCUUCUAUGUGUUCACAGGGUACAAGUUUAAGCCGGAGGCCCACAACCCGUACUUUGUGAUUGACGAUGAGGAGGAAGAGGCAGCAGCAGAACAAUUGAAGCUUGAAGAUGAGUUUGAAUUGUGAUUCAUGUCAAAGAAGUUGGUGCAGUUAUCGAAUUCAGAAAACUCAAGGUAGAAACCUGAUAGUUACAAAUGGUUGAUUUUGUUAAAUUUCAGUCUUUUAGGCAUACGUGUUGUCGUGUUCCAUGAAUUACUGUGUGCUUGUUGUUGAAUAUUCACUUUGUGAUACUGUUAGGGACUUUCAUAUUGUCUGUGGGUUGGAUAUCGGCUCAUGAAAUUACUGAAUCCAUGUCUUUUUCUCUCUUGGGAAUGAAUUAAGUCCUAAUAAUAUGUCGAAUUUGAAGCA